AUGUCUUCUCGAACCAAAGGCAAGUGGGCUGAUCACAAGCCAGCAUACCAAGCCUAUCUUCAGGAGAACGAUCUCAAGUCAGCAUACCAGCUCCUUCCUCAACAGUUCUUGACGCUUUACAAGCUUACUGGCGUCCCACACGAUCGACAACAGAUGAAAAACUUCCUUACCAACUACCUUCUCAGACAGUGGGGAGAUGACAAGGAGAAAGUGAUCGGAAAGAAGACGCAGUCGUCAUGGGUUGAUGGAAUCGUCGACAAGGCUUACGCUCACGGAGUAGGGGGAAAGGAAUUUGAAGAUGUGGGCAAGGAGGCGGACAAGAAUAUACAAAGCCAGAUGGAUGUCGACGAUAGCCAGCAAAACGAGGAUGGCCAUCAUUCCAAUGGAGAAGAAGUCAGCAGUACUGCGGCUCGUGGUACUACGCGUGAUGCAGCACACGUCUCUCUCCUCUUCGCCCAACUUCGUCAACGCGAACAAGAUCUCGAGCGUCGUGAGAUGGCUCUCGACGAACGAGCCGUCGAGCUGUCCGAUCGUGAAGCCGUGCUUGACGAACAAGAAGUUGUCCUCUCGAACAAAGAGUCUGCUCUCAAGACCUCGGAGAACAACCUACGCACGGAAAAGGACAGCAUUCGCGAGGACAAAGAGAAGUGGGAGCAAUCCUUGCGCACUACAUCUAGCUUCUUGGAUGAGUCUUGGGAAAAAUUGUACAAGAACGAAAACCGUGUUGCGGAGAAGAUGAAGAAGGUCGACUCUGAGCUACGCGAGGCGAACGCUUUGCUAGAAGUCACGAAUGAUGCAUUGAUGGACCAGGCAGAACUCACCAAUCAAAAACAGGAAGAGAUCGAGAAGAAAGACGAAGACAUCAAGCUAAAAGAAAAAGUGAUUCAGGAAAUGGAGAAGGACUUUGCUCAUACUCUUGCCCCAACAUUCAUCCCUCCAGGCCUCGAACUCUGGGCCUCUCGUCUCCGAAACUCGUCUACAGUUACCCUCGAAGACAAGGCCGAGUUUCAGAUGACUUGUAAGGAGAUCUGCGGCAAGCCAAUUCUGGUGCAGGAGAUGGAGGAGGCCAAAGCUUGUUGGGAGAAGGGACAGUUGGUUCCGGCCUUGAGGAAGUUGAGGGCUCUAGUUGGCGGUGUUUGGGACGAGCCCAAGCUUCUUGAAAAGCUUGUGGGCAUGAAGAAUUGA